AUGAGAGGGCAAUUCCAGGAGCACCAGAGCCCCAGAAGCACCAGUACCCCAGGAGCUCCAGUACCCCAAGAGCACCAGUACUCCAAAGCACCAGUACCCCAGGAGCAUCAUUACCCCAGGAGCACCAGUACCCCAAAGCACCAGUAUCCCAGGAUCACCAGUACCCCAAAGCACCAGUACCCCAGGAGCACCAGUACCCCAAAGCACCAGUACCCCAGGAGCACCAGUACCCCAGGAGCACCAGUGCCCCAGGAGCACCAGUACUCCAAAGCACCACACCAGUACCCCAGCAGCACCAGUACCCCAGGAGCACCAGUACCCCAGGAGCACCAGUACCCCAAAGCACCAGUAUCCCAGGAUCACCAGUACCCCAAAGCACCAGUACCCCAGGAGCACCAGUACCCCAAAGCACCAGUACCCCAGGAGCACCAGUACCCCAGGAGCACCAGUGCCCCAGGAGCACCAGUACUCCAAACAGCCAGUACCCAGCAGCACCAGCAGGAUUACCAGGACCAGCAAAGCACCAGUCCCAGCACACAGUACCAGGACACCAACCCAGAGCACCAGUGCCCCAAGCCCAGUACUCCAAAGCACAGUACCCCAGUACCCCAGACCAGUACCGACACCAGUACCCCAGGAGACAGUACAGGAUCACAGUACCCCAAGCACCAGUACCCAGAGCACCAGUACCCCAGGAGCACCAGUGCCCCAGGGACAGUGCCCAAGCACCAGUCUCAACCCAGCCCAGCACAGGCCAGAGCUGUAGUACCCCAGGAGCACCAGUACCCCAAAGCACCAGUACCCCAGGAGCACCAGUACCCCAGGAGCACCAGUACCCCAGGAGCACCAGUGCCCCAGGAGCACCAGUACUCCAAAGCACCAGUACCCCAGCAGCACCAGUGCCCCAGGAGCUGUAGUACCCCAGGAGCACCAUUACCCCAGAGCACCAUUACCCCAGAGCACCAGUACCCCAGAGCACCAGUACCCCAGGAGCACCAGUGCCCCAGGAGCUGUAGUACCCCAGGAGCACCAGUACUCCAAAGCACCAGUACCUCAGGAGCACCAGUACCCCAGAGCACCAGAACCCCAGAGCACCAGUACCCCAGAGCACAAGUACCCCAGGAGCACCAGUACCCCAGAGCACCAGUACCCCAGGAAAUCCUCCUGAGUUAUAGAAUGGAGGUCCAGAAAAAAGAACUUAAGACCCAGAAGGAAAAAAAGUGA